AUGGCUUCCCUCUUCUUCUCCACCCCCGUCGACAUCGACGUCGUUCUCGAGGACCUCGAUGAGCGCCAGACUGUCGAUGUCAAGCUCGACAAGGGCCGCCGCGAGCGCGUCCCCCUGUACAUGGACGGCGAGUCGGUCAAGGGCGCCGUAACGAUUCGACCAAAGGAUGGCAAGCGAUUGGAGCACACGGGUAUCAAGGUGCAAUUCAUCGGGUCAAUCGAGAUGUUCUACGACCGAGGCAACCACUACGAAUUCCUAUCGCUGGUCCAAGAAUUAGCCGCCCCCGGCGAGCUGCUACACCCGCAAACCUUCCCUUUCAACUUCAAGAAUGUCGAGAAACAAUACGAAUCAUACAAUGGGAUCAAUGUGAAGCUGCGCUACUUUGUGCGCGUGACGGUCUCCCGGCGCAUGGCCGACGUCAUCCGCGAGAAGGACCUGUGGGUGUACUCGUAUCGCAUGCCGCCCGAGACCAACAGCCCGAUCAAGAUGGACGUCGGAAUCGAGGACUGUCUGCAUAUUGAGUUUGAAUACUCCAAAUCCAAGUACCACCUCAAGGAUGUGAUCGUUGGUCGGAUCUACUUCUUGCUCGUGCGGCUCAAGAUUAAGCAUAUGGAGCUGUCUAUCAUUCGACGAGAGACUACCGGAUCCCCACCAAACCAAUAUAAUGAGAGUGAGACGCUUGUGCGCUUUGAGAUAAUGGAUGGUUCUCCUUCGAGAGGUGAAACAAUCCCAAUUCGUCUCUUCCUGGGCGGGUUCGACCUCACGCCUACGUUCCGCGACGUCAACAAGAAGUACUCAACACGGUACUAUCUCAGCCUGGUGCUAAUUGAUGAAGAUGCUCGUCGUUACUUCAAGCAAUCUGAGAUCGCCCUUUUCCGCCAAGCACCCGAGAUCGCCGCCACCCCUCAGAUCGCCCAACAGCAGCAAAUCCAGCAACAGGUCCUCCUGCAGCAACAGCAGGCCGUCCUCCCGCCAGGAUCUGCGACUGCCGGCCCGGGUCGUGAGGUGACUCCCGCCGUCAAUCGGGAGAAUAAUACACCUGCGCCCGUCUCGGCACCGGCUGCAUGA